AUGAGUUCUCACCAUCCUCGAGACGAUCAAGAAGUGAGGGACGAGGAUUUUCAUACAAACGAUGAGCUGCCCCCAACAAAAUCAUCAACACGAGUAUCGACGAAGGUACCGACAACUGGAGAAGCAAGCGAAUACCUCUUUUCAUUUAUAGAAGAUCAAUCUGUUUGGUCCGAAGGAAGGGAUGGAAGUACAAAUACAGGCGGUGUACUUGCCGACGCCGUAGACUUGAUAUGUGAUAUCGUCGACUCCGUGUUGGAUAUCCCAGAGAUAGAAAACACAGCCGAACUGGAAGAAAUCCAGGUUAAGUUCGAUUUAUGGGCAGACGGGGUUGAAGCUACAACAGGAAGACUGGAAAGGGUAAUAAAAGGGCUUAGUGGGCUUAAGGAAUCGAUAUUUAUGACGUGGCUUGUCUUCUUUAGGUGUUUAACAAAAGAUAAAACAUCGGAGUUCUAUGAUAUGGUUGUGAGGGAUCACUUUUGCCGUAUCUUCGCCUUGACGGAGAAAAUACAGUAUUCUUAUCAUGUUACUUUGGGAGGAGAGUUUCUAGAAGGCGCUGAAGAUCUCCUCGGGAAUAAUGACCAUGAGUUCGAAUCACAUUCAAACUUGCACACGGAUGUCCAAAGUUUUAUUGAAAAAUUCCGGGAGUUUCAAAAACGUCUUUCCGGAAUUGCUCCGUUUAUUAUGAAUGCCUUGGGGGAUAUUGAACAAGAUGAGGAAAGUUGUUCCGUGAACGGGGACGAAGAUGAAGAAAUCAUCGAUCGGACUACACUUCGCAACUAUUAUUAUAAAGUUGUUAAAGAGCUGAAGCCGGGAAGCUGGUAUCAAAACGGCAUCCAGAAACUCUUCCCCAAUAUCGACAGCGAUCUUCUAGACAUGAUUGCUCAAAUGCUUUCGGUGCUCCAUCGGACUUUCAGAACCCAGGCUUCGGUUCUAGAAUACGAGUCUUCACACUACUUCUUCGCGGCAAAGGCCAGACGGGCCCCCCGAAAAACACGAAUACCGGUCAUUGAUACCGCAAGCGACUCUUCUAGGAGUACCGAUGAGCCCGAAGAUCGGCCUCAAGUUCCCCCGCCCCCGCAAGGGUUUAGCACUGAGGCGUUCCGCUGCCAGACUUGUGAUACGAUGGUUUGGGGGAUGGAUACACCUGAAAAGUGGAGGAAGCAUGUGCUCGCAGAUAUAAAGCCAUAUAUAUGCACCUUCACAAACUGUAAAGAGAGAACUGGAUAUAAAUCGAAGAUGGAAUGGAUGGCACACGAAGUCAAAUCACACCGUCUGAUAACAAAAUGGAAAUGCGCCUUUGACCCCUGCAAAGAAAAGGACGAUGCUUUCGACUGCGAACAAAAGCUUAUGGAUCAUCUUAUUGCUGAUCACAAUAUCAGAUAUGAUUCCCACGACUUUGAAAUUCAGGAUUUACUCAACAGCUCCAGAAACGUGGGGCUUGAUCCAAAUCUAUCGGUUUGUAGGAUGUGCCAGCAGAAACUACCUAGUUUGAUAUCUCACCUCGCCUCGCAUAUCGGGCGGCACCUGGAGGACUUGACAUUAUCAGUGUUAUUCCAGUGGGACGAUAGCAAGCAUACUGAUGUCCCUACUGAAUUCGAUCCGGAUCAAUCUCUACAAAACACGGUGCUCGGACUGCAGGAUGAACAUUUUGCCGACCACGCCAAAGACUUAGAUGGUGUAUUAAAGCGUCCGACUGGAAACUUCUCCCCUGAGCAAAAAAGUCAAAAGCGGUGGAAUUGUCCACCAAGCUCAGAAUGGAAUUCCCAAAAACCGAAGCCGAAAAGCAUGUACCAAGUGCCUCCAGCAGCCUUUUCACCUCGAGAUGAGACCAUUAGAGAUGCGACAUCUCGAAGCCCAAUUAUAACACAACCUCAAACUCAGUCUAGCACUGCGGAUGAGACUUUGCACAAGCUCACAAACAGAAACUCAACGGUUCUCGGGUUCAAAGACUUUGGGUUACCUUCGCCACCAUAUAAAAAGGAAUCAUUCACUGCUAUUUUCGCGAGAAACUUUGGAUUUGAUUGCAAACCCGCACGCAGUUACCUGGACUGA